AUGAAGAAGUACAAGCUUCACCGAGUGAUUGGAGAAGGGGCAUCAAGCACAGUAUAUGGCGGGGUAUCUGCAAUUGGGGAGGAGGUAGCUGUGAAGGUGGCAUCCCGCCGAGGAAGGUCGGGAGGAAUGGUGUACAGAGAAAUGAAAAUGCUAAGCUCAUUCCACCACGAAAAUAUUGUUAAGGUUGUUGACAAGUUUGAAUCUGCAAACCAUGUGUAUAUAGUUGAAGAGCUGUGCGAUCUGAAUCUUGUCUCGUUUCUCAAUGAGUAUGAGGUUGAUGAAGAUGUAGCCUUGAAGAUAUUGAGGAUGAUACUGUGCGGAUUGAGACACAUACAUUCCAUGGGAGUUAUCCACAGAGACUUGAAGCUGGGAAAUAUACUUCUAAAGGGAAAUACAGUGAAAAUUUGUGACUUUGGGCUCUCCUGCUAUGCGGAGGAAAACAGCAAUGAAUUCUGUGGGACAAUGGACUACCUUGCACCUGAAGUGAUUGAGGGAAGGAAAUACUCCCAGGGGGUUGAUAUAUGGUCUGCGGGAAUAGUGUUUUAUGUACUUCUUACGAAGAAAAAGUUUUAUGAAUCCUUGAGUUCUUUGGAGUGUUCUAAGGAACUUAAAGAUCUUCUUGGAAAGUUGCUUGAGAAGGAUGCCAACAAGAGGAUUAGUGCAAGCGAGGCGCUUAUGCAUGAAAGCUUUAGUAGGUUUAUACCUAGAUGCGAAGAUUUCAGAGAUCUCCCCAACUUUGAGAAGAAUACAAGAUAUGGAGUUAUGAAGAAGACCAGAGAUCUGGUUGAACUAGGAGAUGCCCGGAUAGUGGCUAGAAAAAAAGAAAGGCAUGGAAGUGGAAGAAGACAUGGGGAGGAAAAGUGUUUAUGUGGGGAGGAGUUUAUAUACUCUGUGUUUAUUGGGAACGAAGAAACCGAGCCUGUAUUUGUCACAAAUGGAGGUUUGAAGGCCUUAAGUCUCCUCACAGGACAUGUGAAAAUGAUGAGGGAAAGAAUUCCCAAGAUAAUAAUCGACAAUGGUGGAAACAAGUUCUAUUACAUGUUUUCCGGAGGGUUUGUGUAUGUUACGAGAGAGUUUACUUUGAAAACUCGAGGCAAAGGGUAUGAAGUGAUUUAUUUGGCUGGGGAAAAGAAGUAUUCGGAAAAGAUUCCAGACUUCUUAUACGAAACCAUUAUGGGGAUGAAAGCCAGAUGUGAGGCAAUAGACAGGGAGGUAUGUUGGUUUUUGAGGGAAUCACCUGUACUGGUGGACUGUUCCUCACACCAGCAAUUUUCGAUGUCAUACAUAUCUCAAGUGAGUGAGAUGAGCAUCAGAAACAGAACACUCUAUGAUUACAUCGAAAACACAGGAUGGUGCAUAAGAAAUGGACUGAGUUUCCUGUUUUUGAUGAACGAUGGAGAAAGAUUUGAGGUUCUAUGUGAAGAUCUUAUGGUCCGGUACAAAGAGAGAGUUUUUCCAAUCGACAACAGACUUCCUCAGAAUCUUAAACACUACUUGAAAAGAAUAUGCUCCUUCUUCCGGGGAAUCCGCGAUGGGCUCUAG